GGGACGCUCCUCCCAGCGGCCUCGUUGCUGGCAGCGCUUCCGCCCGCCGGCGCCCCAGUCAGUACGACGCCCGGCGAAUCUGGAGGGCGAAGCUGCGGCAGGGCAAUCACAACAGGGCGGUCAGAGAGGAGGCGAGCCGGGAGGAAGAUGGAGAGGUGGGUGGGAGCCUCACCUCUGGACUCUACCUCCACAGCCCGGUCUAGCCGCUACGCCCAAGCUCAAGUCUGACUCGAAACUCUGCCGGGUGCCUCAGAGGACCCGGCAGGCCAAGGGGGUGGAACUGAGGGGGCGGGGACGCGGCAGGCGAGUGGGGCCGCCUCCCGGCUGGCCACGCCUCCACGCCAGACUGGACGCGAAGGAAACCGGAACCUCUCUGCCUAGGGUGCCUGUUUCCGGAAGCAGCUUGAGUGCGGACGCUAACGUCGGGGACGCUGGGAAGCGGACUUGUGGCGCCCUAUUUUCUCACCUGGUUCUUGCGGCGAGCCAGCGGGAGCGGCGGCGGCGAUGAGACAGAAGCACUACCUUGAGGCUGCAGCGCGGGGACUGCACGACAGCUGCCCGGGCCAAGCCCGCUACCUCCUCUGGGCCUACACUUCGUCCCACGAUGAUAAGAGCACUUUUGAAGAAACGUGUCCAUACUGUUUCCAGUUGUUGGUUCUGGAUAACUCUCGAGUGCGUCUCAAACCCAAAGCCAAGUUGACACCCAAAAUACAGAAACUUCUUAAUCGAGAAGCGAGAAACUAUACACUUAGUUUUAAAGAAGCAAAAAUUGUGAAAAAGUUCAAAGACUCCAAAAGUGUAUUGUUGAUCACUUGUAAAACAUGCAACAGAACAGUGAAACAUCAUGGUAAAAGUAGAAGCUUUCUGUCAACAUUGAAGAGCAAUCCUGCCACUCCUACAAGUAAACUCAGCCUGACGACACCAGAGAGAAGGACUGCAAACCCAAAUCAUGACAUGUCUGGUUCCAAAGGCAAGAGCCCAGCGUCGAUUUUCAGAACACCUACAUCUGGACAGUCAGUAUCUACUUGCUCCUCAAAGAACACCAGCAAAACAAAGAAACACUUCUCUCAACUAAAAGUGUUACUUAGUCAGAAUGAAUCCCAAAAGAUUCCAAAGGUGGACUUCAGAAAUUUCUUAUCUUCUCUGAAGGGUGGACUUUGAAAAUAAGAAAUGCCUGAUGUCAAUUCUGAAACUAAAAAAGGUCUUUGGGCAUUUCUAAAGAAUAUUUGAAAAUUGAAGUGUGGAGAUAAAACUAUAAAACCUUUCGAAGAAGAUACAGGAGUAAAUCUUCAUAACCCUGGAUUAUGCAGUGGUUUCUUAGAUAUGACACCAAAAGCACAAGCAACAACAAGAAAAAUAAACAGAUAAACUGGACUUCAUCAAAAUUAAAGACUUGUGUGCUCUGUUCAAAGGACACCAUCAAGAAAGUGAAAAGUCAGCCCCCGAAUGGGAGGAAGUAUUUGCAAAUCAUACACAAAUGACCUCGAACUUAUGAUGGUUCAACUUGAGGUGUUUUUUUUUGUUUUUCUUUUUGAGACAGAGUCUUGCUCUAUCGCCAGGCUGGAGUGCAGUGGUGCAAUCUCAGCUCACUGCAACCUCACUUGAAUCACUGGGUUCAAGUGAUUCUCCUGCCUCAGCCUCCCGAAUAGCUGGGACUACAGGUACAUGCCACCACGCCCAGCUAAUUCUUGUAUUUUUAGUAGAAACGGGGUUUCCCCAUGUUGGCCAGGAUGGUCUCGAUCUCUUGACCUCAUGAUCUGCCCGACUUGGCCUCCUAAAGUCCUGGGAUUAUAGGCAUGAGCCACCGUGCCCGGCCUCAACUUGAGAUUUUUUUAACAUUAUGAUGGGUUUACCAGGACAUAACCCAUCCUAAAUUGAGAAGCAUUUGUAUCUGAUAAGGGACCUACAUCCAGAAUUAUGAAGAACUCUUAAAAUUCAAUAAUAAAAAGACAGAAGAUGGUCAGAAUCUGAACACAGUUCUCCAACAUGGCUAUUGAAUACAUGAAAGAUACUUCAGGCAUAUACCCAAGAUAACUGAAAACAGAUGUCCACACAAAAACCUAUAAUGAAUGUUCAUGGCAGUAGUGUUUGUAAUAUGCAUAAGACAGAAAUUUCAACAUAGCUAAAAGAGUGUUUUUUGAAUGUCCAGCCACUGUUGAAUAAAGAAAAUGUGGUUUUUCCAUACA